UAUUUAUUUUUGUUUACAUGUGUAUAUUUGUGUAAGAUUUGAUUUGCACUUGACUGAUUUUCCCCUGCCUCUCUCCAGGGGUAGAUGGGUUGCACCAGCUGUUUGAGGAUCAAAUUAUAUCGGGGCACAGCGACCACAUCAAACCGGAUGAAACUAGGUCAGGCUGAAUCAGAGCAGACUGAGAGCAGACCCCGCUGAUCCAGGCGAGCCCUGGCCCCUUCCAGUUUCAUAUCCAGUUGAGGGCCCAAGAGUGGAUGGAAGGAGAUGAUUUUAACACAGAGGCUGUGAUGAACAUCUGUGAUGACCUGAUGGCAGACCAAAGGAUGGACAUCUCGUCUACAAUGACUGAUUUCAUGUCGCCCGGCUCCACCGACAUCAUCACCAGCUCCAUCAGCACGCCCGGCAUGGACUACACCCGCAAGAGGAAGGGCAGCACCACGGAUUACCAAAUUGAUGGCUUCUCAUUUGAUGACAUGGACCCAGACAAAGAUAAACUGGGAGGUGACCAACAGGGCCGGAUUAAGAAUGCCAGAGAGGCUCACAGUCAGAUCGAGAAGCGGCGCAGGGACAAAAUGAACAGCUUCAUUGACGAGCUGGCCUCUCUGGUGCCCACCUGCAACGCCAUGUCCCGCAAACUGGACAAGCUGACGGUGCUGCGCAUGGCCGUCCAGCACAUGAAGACCCUCAGAGGAGUAGCCAACCCGUACACAGAGGCCAACUACAAGCCCUCCUUCCUGUCAGAUGAUGAGUUGAAGCACCUGAUAUUAAGG